AUGACACAUUCGUGGUACCGCGGCGGCGGCGACUCUGUGACGGCGGUGCUGCUGGGGGACCGCGUGCGCCAGGCGGGCGGCAGCCUCUACUUCCGGCAGGUGGCGCUGGCCGACGCCGGCCGCUACACCUGCCUCGUCAACAACUCCGUGGGCAUGCAGCGCGCGCUCACCACUCUGGUCGUCACAGCCCCGCUUUCGGCACACGUGACCCCGCAGCAGCAGACGGUGUCCCUGGGACAGCCUGCCAACCUCAGCUGCACCACCGAGGGCCAUCCCCAGCUGGCCGUCUCCUGGCUCAAGGACGGACGACCCCUCAAGGUCUCGCAGAGGGUGCAGCUGCUCACCGACAAGGUCCUUAAAAUCUCGUAUGUUGAACUCGAAGAUCGUGGCAUGUACCAGUGCAUAGUAUCCAACAAUGAUGACAACGCUCAGGGAACUGCUGAAAUCAGCCUCAGAGAGUGGCCGCCGGUGCUGGUGCGCACCUUCUCCGGCGCGACUGUGCGUCCGGGCGCGUCGUGGCGGGCCACGUGCGAGGCGGCGGGCUGGCCGCGGCCCCACCUCUCGUGGCUGCUGGACGGGGAGCCGCUGCCGGCGCAGCCUCCGGACGCAGAGGAGGAGGAGCCCAGCAGCAGCGCCGUGGUGGUGUCCACUGUGCGCGUGGAGCGCGCGCGGCCACGCGACGCCGGCCUGUACGAGUGCGUGGCGGCCAGCGCGGCGGGCAGCGCGUCGCACCGCGCCCGCCUGCACGUCGCCGGGCCGCCGCACGUCCGGCCCAUGGCCGACCGGCGCGUCGCCGCCGGCGCCACGGCGCACUUCACCUGCCGCGUCGCAGGCUUCCCCGUCACGCAGAUCCGCUGGGAGCGCGACGGUAAGUCUCUGCCGCAGAAUGAGAGACAACAGGUGUUCCCAAACGGUACUCUGGUAAUCAAAGAGGCGGACGAGCAGGACUCCGGGGGCUACGUCUGUGUCGCCUCGAACCCUGAUGGUCUCACCUCCAGGAGCAAACUCAACGUCCAGGUUAUGGAACCACCAGAGAUACAUCCGUUUACGGUGAAGCCAAACUUGCAGCGUGGCAUGAGGAUCCACCUGACCUGCGUGGUUAUCAGAGGGGACUUCCCCAUCACGUUCCACUGGCUGAAGGACGGGGCGGACCUGCCGCAAGACAGUGGCAUCACGGAGAAGACACUGGACGAGUACUCGAGCACUCUGGCCAUUAGCCGGCUGGCGGCCCACCACUCCGGUAACUACACGUGCACCGCGGCCAACGCCGUCGCCACCGCCAGGCACACAGCAGAGGUCGUCGUCAGCGUGCCACCUUCGUGGAAAACUGAACCCCAGGAUGCAGAGGCAGUAGAAGGCGAGAACCUGACCAUUCCAUGCUCUGCUUCCGGUACUCCAACACCGAAGAUAUCAUGGAAGAGACGGGACGCAGAGAGUUCAGCUGCAGGAACCGAGGAAAUGCAUACGUCCGUGAACUAUGGGGUUCUAGAAAACGGCAGCUUGUGGAUCGCGAACGUGACGGCAGAGCACGCGGGCAGCUACGCCUGUGAGGCCUCCACCGACGCCAGCUCAACUCUCAGCAAGACCGUCCGCCUCACAGUGCACCUGCCUGCCCGGCUGUCGGCGACGGCGGCCAACGUGACGGUGGCGGCGGGCGGCGAGGCGACGCUGCUGUGCGCGGCGAGCGGCGACGCGCCCGUGUCGGUGCAGUGGCGCCGCGACGGGUCGCCGUUCGACGCCCGGCGGCAGCCGCGCUGGGCGCUGUCCGAGCAGCCGCUGCAGGCGGGCCUGCGCUCCGCGCUCACGCUCACCGGCGCGCGCCGACACGACUCGGCCGGCUUCGAGUGCCGCGCCUCCAACCGGUACGGCAGCGACCUGCGCCGGAUGCGCCUCGUCGUCCAGGAGCCGCCGGAAGUUCCGGCGGGGCUCACCGUGCUCGCCGUCUCCAGCAGGGCGGCCAACCUCACCUGGCAGCAGCCCUACGACGGCAACAGCCCCAUACUUGAGUACAUCGUCCAGUACAAGACCGGCAACGGGUCGUGGCAGCAGGGAGUGUCGCAGGUGUCCACCCCUGGCGGGCGCACAUGGGCCUCGGUGACUGGCCUGUUGCCCGGCCGGCGCUAUGAGGUGCGCGUGCUGGCUCGCAACAUUCUAGGGCUGUCCAAGGCACCGCCCACGCCAGGAGUGGCGCUGGACACGGCGCAGGAACCUCCAGGAGCGCCGCCCACGCACCUCUCCGUUCUUCCGCAAGAUUCCCAGACGCUGCUUGUAGAAUGGAAGCCGCCAGACGGCGACCGGCACGGCGACGUGCUGGGCUACCGCGUCGAGUUCUGGCAGGUGGAGGCGCCGCAGCAGCGCCAGCGGCGGACGCUGGAGGCGGCGGAGGGCGCGCCGUCGCCGCUGAGGCUGAGGCUGGGGGCGCUGCGCAAGGCCACGCAGUACGCGGUGCGCGUGCGCGCCUACAACGCCGCGGGGGACGGGCCGCCGGGCACAGAGGUGCUCGCCGCCACUGCUGAGGACGUGCCUGAGGCGGCGCCGCUGGGUGUGCAGUGCGUGGCGGCGUCCCCGCAGAGCCUGCUGGUGGAAUGGGAGCCGCCGCCCGAGAACAAGCUGAACGGCCGCCUCCUGGGCUACCGCCUCUUCUACAGGCCGCUCGCCGAGUGGGACGACGUGUCGGCUCCCUCCGAGAUCUCUACGCAGGACACGAAGCUGGAGGUGACGGGCCUGCUGCGCUUCUGCAACUACAGCCUGGAGGUGCGCGCCUACACCGCCGCCGGCGACGGCGUGCCCAGCGAGCCCGUCUUCUGCAGGACCUGGGAGGACGUUCCUAGUCCACCAGACGACAUUAAAGCGGUUGUAAUGGACACUAGGACAAUCCUUCUUUCAUGGAAACCACCGGCAUUUCCGAAUGGGGUUAUUAGAAAGUACAAGAUAUACAUUCGGUCACUUGAUGGAGCUGCUUUGCACCGGGACGAGUUCGAGGCGCCGGCGGGCCAGACGCACUACGGGCUGUCGCACCUGGCGCCGCUGCACCGCUACGAGAUGAGGGUGACGGCCGCCACAGCGGCAGGGGAGGGCGCCCCCAGCCGGCCGGUCGUGCAGGCGCCCUCGGACCAGGUGCCGGCGCGUGUCGCGUCCUUUGGUGGUGUGGUGCACGCGGCGCGCGGCUCCCGCCUCAGCCUGCCCUGCCUCACCGUGGGCCGACCUCGGCCGGCCAUCGUCUGGACUCACGGGGAGCGGCCGGUGCAGUCGUCACAGCGGCUCCACGUGGACGACGAGUGGACGCUGCACAUAGAGGGGGCGCAGCCGGCGGACGCCGGCAACUACUCGUGCCGAGCCGAGAACCGCCUGGGCAGUGACUCGCUGCUCUACACGGUCACCGUCCACGAGGUCAGGAACAAGGACAUUCCCAGCACACCUGAAGAUUUUCACGUAUCUUCCACGACUAUUUCUUCCAUCACUCUUGCUUGGAGGCUACCAGAAGGGGGCAAGAAGCUCGCAGCAAUUACAGACUACUGCCUGCAUUACAAGAGAGAGUUCGGCGAGUGGGAGAAGAUAAAGAUUCCUGGAACGGAGACGAGCUUCACGCUGGGGGGCCUGCAGUGCGGCGCCAAGUACCUGCUCUACCUGCAGGCGGAGGGCCGCCGCGGCGACAGCCACCCCACAGACACCAUAGCGGCGCGCACCCAGGGCGCAGCGCCGGAGGCGCCACCGCAGUCGGAGCUGCUGGUGGUGAACGCGACGCGCGUGUCGCUGGUGGUGUCGGCGUGGCGCACGGGCGGCUGCGCCAUCUCGACGCUGGUGGUGGAGUACCGGCGGUGGGACCGCGCCGGCUGGACGCUCGUGUCCAACAGCGUGCCGCACGCCGACGCGCCCUUCUCCGUGCUCGACCUGCGGCCCGGCACGCGCUACCUGCUGCGCCUCACCGCGCACAACAGCGCCGGCUCCACCGUCGCCCUCUACGACUUCGUCACGCUCGAUGACGAGACAGGUGUCGUCGCGCCAGAGCUAAUUGUGCAGGCUGGCUGGAGGAACGGCCAUUUCUGGAGAAAUCCCGCCAUCAUUGUUACUCUUAUAGCUGUCCUCGUGGCUUUUAUCGUCGCUGGAGUGGUGCUCUUCUCAUACUUACGCAGGAAACGAGAGAGGUUCCCAGCAGGAAGGAAAGAGUCAGCGUCGGCAGAGGGUGAGGACGUGGCAGGCCUCGGGGAGAAGGCGAGCUACGUGAGCGGGAACGGCGUGCUGUCGCGCCACUGCCGCAGCCACAGCGACCUGCAGCAGCAGCAGCAGAGGACGCAGCUGGCGCUGCAGCCGCUGCACCACCAGGCCGCGCGCCACGGCGCCGGCAGCGCCACGCCCUCCUCCGCCCACCUCUACGCCACGUUCCGCCUCGCCGAGGAGCGCCGCCUCCGCUGGCAGCAGGACGAACUUGGCGACCCCAGGGAGCACCACCAGCUGGAGCUGCAGACGGAGCCCCAGGACUGGGCACCUCUGCGCAGCCUCCAUCUGGCCCAUAAGUACUGAAUGAGUGGGGCACUGCAGAGCCUCCACCUGUCCCCCAAGUACGGAACGAGUGGGGGGCCACUCCGCCCUGCCGCCUCGCCAUGUCAAGUGCCUUAACCCAAUAAGCCACCCGCCCCCUAAGCUGCCACCGACCAGGCUGGCUGCGCUGCUACUGGCCCUAACUGAUACCACUGUUGCUGCUAAUUCAGUCUAAGUGGGAAAUUUUCAGUUAUCCUGGAUGAUAUUUUUCUUUCGUGUCCGACGUACGACGAACUGAACAGCUUACCAUAGUCUAAGUAAGACGUCAUAAUUCGAAUGUUCAGUAUUAAUUGCGUUUUACCAUUGUUUAUAUACGUAACAAUAUAUCAAUAGUAUAAAUGUUCUGCUUAGCGAAGUGAAAGACAUCGUCACAUCUGUUAAA